GUCAAAUCAAAGCUUCUUCACAUCCCAGUGACUAAACAGCAAUUAGAAGCAGUUCUUCUAAUUGGCGUAAAAUCUUAGCUUUAUAUUAAAAGCAAUUCUUAGCGUACAUUGUAAGAUUGUACAUCGAUCGGAGCAAGGUGUUGUAUGCAUUUACAGUGAUUUAAAUUUGAAAUAAUGCUGUUCAUUAGAAGUUAAACAAUGAUGACAUCGCUUUUGUUAUGUGGUCGUUCUUGGAGAUCACCUUCCGAAUUGCAGGAUGGAUCCUGUAUUUUAACGACUGGUAGCGUCAUGGCAGAUCAGGGAGAGAAUAUAUCCCCGUCAAACUGUUACCGACUGGUGCUUUUAGGCUCUAGCAAAGUUGGUAAAACGUCUUUGGUUAACAGAUUUUUGAAAAAUAAAUUUGAGGAUGUGUAUACACCAACUAUUGAAGACUUUCAUCGUAAAAUAUAUCGUAUCAAAGGACAAUCAUAUCGUCUGGAUGUAUUAGACACGUCUGGUAACCACCCAUUUCCCGCCAUUAGAAGGCUCUCAAUUAUAACAGGUGAUAUCUUCUUAUUGAUGUACGACAUUUGCGACAGAGAAUCAUUCAACGAAGUUACGAGACUUUGUCAACAGAUAUAUGAGAUCAAAGGACAAUGUAGAACCCGGAUUGCACCUAAAAUAUGCAUUCCAAUGGUAAUUAUCGGAAACAAAUGUGAUCGAGAAAAACAUCGUGAAAUAGACUCAUCUGAAGGAGAAGAACUUGCUCGACAGUAUACUAAUGUCAGUUUCACAGAAACAUCAGCAAAGAAGAAUGUCAACGUCGAAGAUGCGUUCAUAAGGUUGUUUACCUUAGCAAAAAUGCCCGCCGAGAUGAGCCCUUCUUUACACAGAAAAGUGCAUCCGGGUGUUAUCGAUGAUGAAACCACAAGUAGAAAGAGCCUUUCAAUUCGUCGUCGUCUGUCUGAGGCUUGUGGAACAAUUGCGCCAAAUGCUCGAAGGCCAAGCAUACGAACUGAUCUACUUACAGCGCAAAUGCGAGGUAGCACAUCAAGAUCUCUCAUUGAGACUAAUACUGGAAAUUCUAAAUGCACCAUUCAGUAAACUG